CUGCUGCUGCGGCUCCAGCAUCUCGCGGCGGCGGCAGAGCUGCUGCCCGGCGGCCAAGGGACUGUCAAGGAGUGCGAAGAGGAGCAGUUCCGGUGCCGGAACGAGCGCUGCAUCCCCUCGGUGUGGAGAUGUGACGAGGACGACGACUGCUCGGACAACAGCGACGAGGAUGACUGCCCCAAGAAGACCUGUAUGGACAGUGACUUUACCUGUGACAACGGCCACUGCAUCCCUGAGCGAUGGAAGUGUGACGGCGAGGAGGAGUGUUCCGAUGGCUCUGAUGAGUCAGAGGCCACUUGCACCAAGCAGGUGUGUCCUGCAGAGAAGCUGAGUUGUGGACCCACCAGCCACAAGUGUGUGCCUGCCUCAUGGCGCUGCGACGGGGAGAAGGACUGUGAGGGCGGAGCGGAUGAGGCCGGCUGCGCUACCUUGUGCGCCCCGCACGAGUUCCAGUGCAGCAACCGCUCGUGCCUGGCCGCCGUGUUCGUGUGCGACGGCGACGACGACUGUGGCGACGGCAGCGACGAGCGCGGCUGUGCCGACCCGGCCUGCGGGCCCCGAGAGUUCCGCUGCGGCGGCGACGCGGGCGCCUGCAUCCCGGAGCGCUGGGUCUGCGACCGCCAGUUCGACUGCGAGGACCGCUCGGACGAGGCGGCCGAGCUCUGUGGCCGCGCCGGCCCAGGGGCCACGUCCGCGCCUGCGGCCUGCGCCGCCGCCGCCCAGUUCGCCUGCCGCAGCGGCGAGUGCGUGCACCUGGGCUGGCGCUGCGACGGCGACCGCGACUGCAAGGACAAGUCGGACGAGGCCGACUGCCCACUGGGUACCUGCCAUGGGGAUGAGUUCCAGUGUGGGGAUGGGACUUGUGUCCUUGCAAUCAAGCGCUGCAACCAGGAACAGGACUGUCCAGACGGGAGUGAUGAAGCUGGCUGCCUACAGGGGCUGAACGAAUGUCUGCACAACAAUGGCGGCUGUUCCCACAUCUGCACAGAUCUCAAGAUGGGCUUUGAGUGCACAUGCCCAACGGGCUUCCGGCUUCUGGACGAGAAGACCUGUGGCGACAUUGACGAGUGUGAGGAUCCAGAUGCCUGCAGCCAGAUCUGUGUCAAUUACAAGGGCUACUUUAAGUGCGAGUGCCACCCCGGCUAUGAGAUGGACAUACUGACCAAGAACUGCAAGGCUGUUGCUGGCAGGAGCCCGUCCCUAAUCUUCACCAACCGGCAUGAGGUGCGCAAGAUAGACCUGGUGAAGCGGGACUACUCACGCCUCAUCCCCAUGCUCAAGAACGUGGUGGCACUAGAUGUCGAAGUUGCCACCAAUCGGAUCUACUGGUGUGACCUCUCCUACCGUAAGAUUUACAGUGCCUACAUGGACAAGGCCAGUGACCCAGCAGAGCAAGAAGUCCUCAUUGACGAGCAGCUGCACUCCCCCGAGGGCCUGGCAGUGGACUGGGUCCACAAGCACAUCUACUGGACGGACUCAGGCAAUAAGACCAUCUCAGUGGCCACAGUGGACGGUGGCCGCCGAUGCACCCUCUUCAGCCAUAACCUCAGCGAACCUCGGGCCAUCGCUGUUGACCCCCUGCGAGGGUUCAUGUAUUGGUCUGACUGGGGAUACCAGGCCAAGAUUGAGAAGUCUGGGCUCAACGGUGCGGACCGGCAAACACUCGUGUCAGACAACAUCGAAUGGCCCAAUGGAAUCACCCUGGACUUGCUGACCCAGCGCUUAUACUGGGUAGACUCCAAGCUCCACCAGCUGUCCAGCAUCGACUUCAGUGGGGGCAACAGGAAGGUGCUGAUUUCCUCCACUGACUUCCUGAGCCACCCUUUUGGGAUAGCUGUGUUUGAGGACAAGGUGUUCUGGACAGACCUGGAGAACGAGGCCAUUUUCAGUGCCAAUCGGCUCAAUGGCCUGGAAGUCUCCAUCCUGGCUGAGAAUCUCAAUAACCCACAUGAUAUUGUCAUCUUCCAUGAGCUGAAGCAGCCGAGAGCUGCAGAUGCCUGUGAGCUGAGUGCCCAGCCUAACGGCGGCUGUGAGUACCUGUGCCUUCCUGCUCCUCAGACCUCCAGCCACUCUCCUAAAUACACGUGUGCCUGUCCUGACACAAUGUGGCUGGGUCCAGACAUGAAGAGGUGCUACCGAGCACCUCAGUCUACCUCAACUACGACGUUAGCCUCUACCACGCCGGGGACAGUACCUGCCACCACAAGAGCCCCUGGGACCACCGUCCACAGCCCCACCUACCAGAACCACAGCACAGAGACACCAAGCCUGGCAGCUGCGGUCCCAACCUCAGUUAGUGUCCCCAGGGCUCCCAGCAUCAUCCUGUCUACCCCAAGCCCUGCAACCAGCAACCACUCCCAGCACUAUGGGAACGAAGGUGGUAAGAUGGGCUCCACAGUCACUGCUGCUGUCAUUGGGAUCAUCGUACCCAUAGCGGUAAUAGCCCUGCUGUGCAUGACUGGCUACCUGAUCUGGAGAAACUGGAAGCGGAAGAACACCAAGAGCAUGAAUUUUGACAACCCGGUAUACAGGAAAACAACAGAAGAAGAAGAUGAAGACGAGCUCCAUAUAGGGAGGACGGCUCAGAUUGGCCAUGUCUACCCUGCAGCAAUCAGCAGCUUUGAUCGCCCACUGUGGGCAGAGCCCUGUCUUGGGGAGACCAGAGAACUGGAAGACCCAGCCCCUGCCCUCAAGGAGCUUUUUGUCUUGCCGGGGGAACCAAGGUCACAGCUGCACCAACUCCCGAAGAACCCUCUUUCCGAGCUGCCUGUCGUCAAGUGCAAGCGAGUGGCAUUAAGCCUUGAAGAUGAUGGACUACCCUGAAGAUGGGACCAUCCCCUUCGUGCCUCCUGGAAUUCAGUCCACGCACUACACUCUCUGGAUGGUGUAUGACUGGAUGAAUGGGUUUCUACAUAAGGGUCUGUGUGAGUGUGUUUGCGUGUAAUUUUUUUUUUUUAAUUUAUGUUGCGGAGAGGUAACCACAAAGUUAUGAUGAACUGCAAACAUCCAAAGGAUGUGAGAGUUUUUAUAUGUAUAAAGUUUUAUACACUUUUUAACUGGUUGCACUACCCAUGAGGAAUUCAUGGAAUGGCUACGGCAGAGUGACUAACACGAUGUACAUAACCAAAUGGGGGCCGAUGGUACAGUACCUUACUCAUUUAGAAAUUAUAUCUACAGAGGAUGUUGAUUUUGGGGGGGUGUUUUUUAGGUUUGGGGGUUUUGUUUUUUGUAAAUAAGAUGAUUAUGCUUUGUGGCUAUCCAUCAACAUAAGUAAAAAAAGAAAAACCACUUCAACUCCCUCCCCCAUUUAGAUUAUUUAUUAACAUACUUCAGAAAUAAGAUUAGUUCUAUAAAUAAUUUAGAGAAGCGAGAGUAUUUAUUUUUGGUAUGAUUGGCCCACCAUGCAGACUCCGUGUGUGUACACGAGCGUGUUUCUAUGUGUACGUGUGUGUGUGAUAGAGAGAGAUCCAUAGAGAAGAGGCACACCUCUGGCUGUUGUUCAAAUACAUAAAGAUAAAUUUAUUUUAAAGCAGUCCACAAGAGGAGUAUCCAUAGUUUUCCAAGAAGACUUAGGAAGUUAGACUUAGAAAACAUACCAUGGUUUGUGCAAACAUGUAGUGGGAAAGGCAGAUCUUUUCACCUCUGGCUGUUCCUGAGACCCCAGUAAGUCAGGAAGAGCCACAGCUGCUGUGACUUCCACCUGGGCCUCUUGUCCUGGCUGAGGUCAGUGUAGAGACAUUACACAGCGCCAGAGCUCUUGUGAGCUCAAGACAGAACAGGCCUAAACCUCAGCUCCUCUUUGUCUUAAUGUUCCGCCGUUCAAGUACCUUCUUCAAUUUCUUUCAGGACACUUGGGUUGAAACUUAACCCAGCUUAAACUAACUUAAGGUAGUUUCCUCUGAAACACCCAGAAGGGUGCUAUCCUUAUUUAUAGAGCCAAGUGGAGAUGUUUCCAGAACGGCCCAAGUUUAUUCUGAGACAUGCUGUGGAUGAGGAGAAGGAUGGUGGAGAUUUUAUUAUAUCUCUUAUUUCUCCCUUCCCCUUACUCUCUGCCAUUUCCUUUAGGUAGGGAAAACAUUUUAAAGUAAUAAAUAGGUUUCUUAUCAUCAUACAUUCAUGUAGAUGAAACUAAUUUUUGGCUUAAGUCAAAAAACCAGGCCAAACCUGAAGUCCUAUUUGCGGGGGAAAUGGCAUACACAAUAUUAUAGUAUAAUUGAAUAUAUAUGUUCGCACAGGAACUUGGUUAACUGCUUUGUAAAUAAAAGGAAAAACUCUGGGUA